AUGGUACAAAGUGGCUGUACUUUGGAUAACGUGAUUGGAUGGCAAAAGCAAUAUUCUCCUGCAUCCUCAACAUUGGAUGAAGAAAGAGAACCUUUGGUAGCCUAUAAUACCCCUUCAGGAGCACCUUCCAAUUCACCCAGUCGAACACUCCAUGGCUCAAGUGCCUUUGUGGAACGCUUCCGAGCCUUCCGAUACAAUAAUCGUGAAUUCCUUGCAGAGUUUAUUGGUACUCUUAUUCUUAUCUUGUUGACGGAUGGUGUCGCUGCUGAGCAAACACUGGGGAUUGGUCCCAGAUCUUGGUUGACGUCUUCAUUUGGAUCAGGUUUGGCUGUACUCUUCGCUAUCAGUGUUUCUGGACAUAUCUCGGGUGCUCACAUUAAUCCAGCGGUGACUUUGACGUUUUGGGCCUUUUCAGGUUUCCCUACUCGAAAGCUACCAGUGUAUUUCACGGCACAAUUCCUUGGAGCUUUUGUGGGAGCCGCUAUCUUGUAUUCGGUCAUUUAUCCAGCCUUGAAUGAAUUUGAUGGUGGUGAUCGUCAAAUCCUUGGUGAACAUGGUACAGCCGGUAUUUUUGCAACCUAUCCACCCUUAUACGUCGGCUAUGGUGCUGCAGUGGCUUCCGAAAUCGUCGGCACAGCACUCUUGUGUUUGCUUAUCAUGGUUACCGGUCAUCCGAACAACAUGCCGUUCCAUCAAUCUCAAGGUGUGUUUAUCGCUUGUGGCCUUAUGACUUUAUCUUUGGGUCUUGGUUAUACAUCAGGCUUCUCCUUGAAUCCAGCUCGUGAUUUUGGUCCCAGACUCUUUACAGCUGUGGCUGGAUGGGGCACUGGCGUCUUCUCUAUUAGGAACUAUUACUCCUUUAUACCCAUUUUUGCACCAUUGAUAGGCGGUUUGAUUGGGGGCAUGACAUACACAAUCUUCAUCGACCAUGCUUAA